AUGUCAGAUAGUUCGGAAAUACGUACAUCGGAUUCCGAUGAUGAAUUUAUCAUGGAUAUGUUGUAUCAUCUACCAAGACCAAGGCUUUUCCGAGGUAGAUCAAAUCCUCUAGAAGAAUUUGAUGAGUUUGAUUUUAAAUGCCGUUUUAGGCUUUCAAAAGAAAGUUUUGGUGUCUUAAUGCAUCUUAUUGUUCAAGAUGUUAAACACGAAACAAAAAGAAAUGUUGCACUGUCUCCAGAAGUACAAGUGUUAAUAACUCUUCGUUAUUAUGCUACUGGAACAUUUCAAGCAGUUAUUGGUGAUCAUAUCAGAGUUAAUAAAUCUACUGUAUGUAGAACUAUUAAAAGAGUUUCAACUGCUAUUGCUCGUCUUUACCCUCAGUUUAUAAACAUGCCUCGGACCGCACAUGAAAGAAGUAUUGUUCAAACAGGGUUUUAUAAAACAAGAAAUUUCCCACGGGUUAUUGGUGCUAUAGACUGCACUCAUAUACGGAUACAGUCUCCUAAUAGUGAUAUUGGUGAACGGUUUCGUAACAGAAAAGGGUAUUUUUCUUUUAAUGUUCAGGUUAUAUGCAACAGUAAUAUGGAAAUUAUGAAUAUCGUUUCUCGAUGGCCAGGAUCUGUUCAUGACAGUACGAUUUUUGACAAUUCUUUAGUCAGAGCAAAGUUUGAAAAUCAUGAAUAUGGGAAUAAUGUUUUUUUGAUUGGGGAUGGUGGUUAUCCAUGUCGAAAUUAUUUAAUGACUCCACUCUUAAACACGAGUACACAAGCAGAAGAAAAUUAUCAAAGAGCACAUAUUGCUACAAGGAAUGUUAUUGAAAGGGUCUUUGGUGUAUGGAAAAGAAGAUUUCCUGUUCUAGCUGUUAGAAUACUCACCCAGCUUAGUACAUCUAUGAAGACUAUUGUCGCCACCGCUGUAUUAUAUAAUAUGUUAUUACAACAACGGGAUGAAAUGCCACAUAAUGAAGAGCCAAUUAGACCAGAGUUCUUACAUGAAUUUAAUGCAAAUCCCAUAAGACAGACUGGAAAUUUAGUCAGACAUACCUUGUUAGAAAGAUUGGCAAUUUUGUUAGCAUAG